AAACUAAUGCCAGUGAAUGGUUCACUACAGCAAGUGUGCCUAGUACAUUUGCUGCCAAUAUUCAUGACUCUUGUGCAGUUGAAGAUGCUGCUACAGCAAGUGCAGAAGAUGCUUAUACUAGCCUUGUAAAAUAUCUUUUUCACCCAUGUGAGAUGUCGCCUCAAGUUUUUAUGGAUGUUGCUCAUGAUCCUUGUACUUCUAAACAGGUGCAAGAAGCCAUUCUGGGAGAUGAAUCUUCGACUUUGGUGUUUG